CGAGUGCGCAAGCUGCCAAAAGGAAGUUCAAUUUGUUAUCAUCAGUGCAUGGUUGGAGCAUUGAAUCACUCAGUAGGUGGAAAUGUUCCGCAGUGUGCUGGUGAAGACCUUGGGGUUUAUAGGCUACACCGUCCAGUAUGGGUGCAUCGCACAUUGUGCCUUCGAAUACAUUGGAGAAGUUGUUGUGUGUUCUGGUCCAUCCAUGGAGCCCACCAUUGUCAACCAUGAUAUUGUCUUCUCUGAACGGAUGAGUCGUCAGCUUUGCAAAAUACAAAAGGGUGAUAUAGUAAUUGCAAAGAGCCCAUUUGACCCACAUAUGAACAUCUGUAAAAGGGUAAUUGGAUUGGAGGGUGACAAGGUCUGCACAAGUUCCCCAUCAGAUCUGUUCAAGACCCACACAUAUGUUCCGAAAGGCCAUGUAUGGCUAGAAGGGGAUAACCUUAGGAAUUCCACUGACUCAAGGAGCUAUGGCCCAAUUCCCUAUGCCCUCAUCCGAGGGCGUGUUUGUUUAAAGCUCUGGCCGCCACAUAGUUUUGGGACCCUCACUGAAAGCCCAACCAGACGGAUCAUUAAAACUCAGAGUGACUCAGACUCUGAUUGACUCAUUCACCUUGUUUAUACCCCACGUUACUUUGUUUUCAAUCAUUUGUGAAUAAAGCUGGUAUUUAUUUAAAAUUUUA